CACAACUACGCAUCAUUUGCUCGCAGACGGUACAUCGUGAAGGUCCACGAAAUUAGUAUUAUUAUAUGGUGCCUUUAUAUUUGCGCUCUACGUUAACGAAAUUAACUACGAUGAAGUCGAACAUCAUGGAUCUGGUUAGACAGAAUUUUCACAAAGACUGUGAGCAAGCGAUUAAUAACCAAAUCAACUUAGAAUUGUUCUCGAGUUACGUCUAUCUGUCUAUGGCAUAUUACUUCGAUAGAUGCGACGUAGCUUUACCAGGUCAUUAUACGUAUUUUAAAAAAGCUUCAGACGAAGAAAGAGAACACGCCAUGAAAUUUAUGACUUAUCAAAACAAGAGAGGUGGCAACAUCACUCUGACACCUAUUGAAAACCCGCCAAAAGAUGACUGGAUCAGCGCUCAUGACGCUAUGACGGAAGCAUUAAAGCUAGAGAGACAAGUUAAUGAGAGUCUUCUCCAAAUACACGCGUUAGCGACUCGACACAACGAUCCAAACUUGUUAGAUUUCCUUGAAACCGAGUAUCUGAAAGAACAAGUAGACUCUAUCAAUGAACUUGCCAACCACAUAACGAAAUUAGAAAGAGUUGGCGAUGGUGUAGGAGUACAUAUCUUCGACCAAGAACUUAGGGAAUAAAACGUCCUUUUAAAAAUUUAACUCUAUUAUUGUAGUAAAAACGUCAACAUACUAUACAUAGACAAAGAAUGAGUAAAAAAUUGUACAUUACAUAAUACUAAUAUGAGAAAUGAAUACAAUAUUUUAAUUUUUAUUGCUAAAAUAAAUAUAUAUGAACUUGUAUAAUUUUGAAAAGUGUUGCAAAUUUCUGCAUCAAAUUACAGAUACUUUUAAAAAGUAUUAGUAAGAAAUUCAUUUCGAAUUGAAUCUACAUCUUUUACCAUGUUAAGAAGUGUGAAAAACGUUAUAUAUAUUGUACAACAUAGUGCUAACUUUGAGCGUAAUAAAGCUUGGUAAUCCUGAA